AUGGCGAAGUCCUAUUUUGACCCCAAAACACCAGAUAUCGUUAUUAAGAGCCUUUUCCAAAAGUACGACAAGGACAACAGCGGCUUUCUUGACCGGAAGGAGCUUUCAAGUUUACUGGAAGACGACCUUGGCUUGACCACUCGCCAAGUGGAAGUGUAUUUCCAUCUAUUGGACAGAGAUGGCAAUGCCAAAAUCAGUCCCGACGAAUUAAGCGACUGGCUCCGGAGCAACGAGCGAUUUAAAAUGGUGAACGAAAAGUCGCGUUUUUAUGCGGUUUGCAAAGCAGUGGAUAUGUUAAAAAAAUAUGACAAAGAUGGAAGUCAGUAUAUCAGUUUUGAAGAGUUGAAAGCUUCUGCUCUAUUUACAUGA